AUGCUAGCAGUCUGGCUCGUCUCUCUCGGGCUCAUCUCGCUCAGCUGCAUCGAAGCAAAAUGGCUCUCCCAUUCUGCUCUGAUCGCCAAAGCCGAAUCCGUACCCGCCGGCGAACAUAACUACUACCGCGAGCAUUUGGACAAAAUUACCGCUUCUCUCAAUGAAGUCAGAGGCGGUGAGAAAGAUCCGGAUAUUCUGCCAGAUGGCUAUACUGGUACUAGAUUCUACGAGCUACGAGGUACGUCCAGUUGCCAAUGUGCUGGCGCUGUUACAAUCGUUCACGAUGAGAAGGAGCCCUUCUAUCUUUGUAAGCCGCCUGGGUAUAUCCAAGUCACUUCUGACCGAGCAGGCGCGCAGAACCAUCUGAAGCAUGUCGACCAGAGAGAAAUCAUGGGAACGCCGCCGAGCAACCAGAGAGUGACCGCUUACUUUGCCGUUCAGCAUCGACCCGGAGAGGCAAACUCUGCCUGGCAAGAUUGUACUCUUCAUUAUCAGACUUGGACCGUGAUGAUGUUCCUCAACUUUGAUGCAAUCUACAUCACUGAGGAAAACACCGUGCUGUACGCCAAACCGGACGAAGGAGCAUACUUUUCGGACAAGUGCGACGACGCUGCGAUGAAAUCGAUCGGAUUGCCCGAAAGCAAGUCUCAAGUUUUGCCUCUUCGCGUGACCAUUCAGCUGAGGAGUAUGGCUGGGCAGUGA